AUGGGCAAACUUGGUUUUGGAACAAGGUGGAUUGACUGGAUUCGUGAACUUGUAUCAACUAUUUCUUAUUCUGUUAUUGUGGAAGGACAACCUUUUGGCUAUUUUAAGCCAGAAAGAGAGGAUAACUGUGAGAACAUUCUUAAUUUGCUAAACUCAUAUGAAGGGUAUAGUGGUCAACAAAUCAACUUGGACAAAUCAGCGGUGUUUUUUAGUAAUAACACUCCUCCCCACGUUCGAAUUCAAGUGGCAGGUAAACUAAAUAUCCAUCAUAUUGGAGUUCAGGACAAAUAUUUGGGUCUUCCUUCUCUUAUUCACAAGUCUAAAAGAGAAACCUUUAGUGAAAUUAAGGAAAAGGUUAGAAAGAAGGUUAACGGAUGGCAGCGAAAUUUAUUAUCAACAGGAGGCAAGCAGAGAGGUAAUGAAAGACGUAUGGCUUGGAUCAGCUGGAACCAAAUGACAAGGCCAAAAAGGGAGGGAGGUCUUGGGUUUAAAGAUCUUAGAGCCCAAAACCUAGCUCUACUAGGCAAACAGUUUUGGCGAAUCACAACAAAGCCUCAAUCUAUUCUAGCUCAGAUAUACAGGGAAAAGUACUAUCGAUAUGGCAAUUCAAUGAAUGCUGAAGCAGGAAACUCACCUUCGUGGGGAUGGCGAAGUAUGUUGGAGGGUAAAAAGGUUGUUGAGAAAGGCCUCAAUUGGAGAGUAGGUUCCGGCUCUACAAUUCGAAUAUUUGCUGACCUUUGGCUACCUCCUCCAUAUCCAAUGAGCAUUGCUCCUAAAAUAAGCACACAUUCUAAUUCUGGUCAGCACAUAUGGGUUAGGGAUCUUUUGACAGAAAAUAGAGAAUGGAAACAAGACAUAUUAAAUGAAAUUUUUUCACCUGAAGUAAGAAGCAGAAUCCUAUCAAUUAAGCCAAUAGAAGGGAACAAUGUUCUGCAAUGGUCACUUAAUAAAUCCAGAUUGUAUGAUGUGGCUUCAGGCUAUCAGAUAGCAUAUCAAUUUUUUUAUGCAGAACCAGAAAUAUAA